AUGGAAGAGAAAGAAAAGGGCAGCAAAGGAGGUAGUGAGGAGAGAUGGAAAGGAGCUAUAGCUAAUCUAACAGAGAUGACAUCAAAUCUUGACUCUCUUCAAAAGUUACUCCUUAAAAAAGCUGUCUUUGUUGACGAUGAAACCUUCUCAAAAGCCUCCCUCACUUCUGAACAAGCCCGCACUAUCAAGGUUCUUGAACAACGGGUAGAGACUUUGGAAAGGGAACUUGAUGCUGCCAUCUCAGCUGCUGCUCGUGCUCGUGCAGAAAAGCGACAGGCGGAGGCAGCACAAAAGGCUGCUGAAUUACGUGCACAAGAGAUAACAAGAGAACUCGAGAACACCACAAAGGUAUUUGAACUGCACAUGGAAGAGUUGCGUGCAAAGCAAGAAGAGAUUUCUAAGCGUGAUAGUGACAUCAAACUUUUGGAAGCGAUAAUUCAGACACUUGGUGGAAAAGAAUCCCGUUCUACUAGUGGGUAA